ACGAAUUUAAACGGUUCCAAAAGAUCCCGAGUUCUUCACUCUUCUUCAUGGCCACGGAUUUCGGCGGUUUCAAUAGAUCCCGAGUGCUCUGAAGAACUGAAAUCGAAGAGAGAGAGGAAAGAUGGAGGGAGAACAGAUAGGCAUGGUUCUCUCUCGAGCUUCUGAGCUUCGGUUGAAGAUCAACAAUUGUAUUGAUAAAGCGAGGACCCGCAACAUUGCCGGUGAAGCUGAAGAUGAUCACUUUCGUUCCCCGGAAAAAGACGGAGAAACUGAAGAUGAAGCCGAUAGCCUUUCCAUCAUUCGCUAUGCUUUCGAAUCUCUCGAGGAGCAGCUUUUUUCCUUGCAGGCUUUGCAACAACAGCAGCGAUAUGAAAGGGAAGCAACACUGGCAGAGAUUGAUCACACUCGUGAGGUUUUACUAAAUAAGCUCAAGGAGUAUAAAGGCGAAGAGCUAGAAGUGAUUCAUGAGGCCACUGCCUUUGCUAGUGAGGCAGUUGAGCAGAAUGAUGAUCUCCUUCUUCCUCCCUAUCCAAGCCAAUCUCUAGAACCCUUGGUCUUCAACAAUGGUGAUCUAUCGCACUUCACUUCCGCAAGGAAAUUUGCUAGCAACAGGGUCAUCACAGGUGAUCUCAUCCCUGAAGCCAAGAAGGGUAAGAGUGAGUUAGAUGGAAGUCACAGUCAAAAACCUCCGAGAAGCUCUCCAACAGGGUUGAAACGUGUUCUUGAUGUGGCAGCCAAAACUGUCCUUACCAUUGUUAGCGUAAUAUCCGUUCUAAAGUUAGCUGGUUUUGAACCAAGGCUUACGAGAAGGAGCAUUCAAUUAAAGGUUCUGGAUCUGUUCCCAAGGCCAGCACCAGAGGACAAGAGAGAUGAGAUUCAAUGCCCACCUGGGAAAGUUCUAGUUAUGGAAGAUGGGGAACCUCGUUGCCUUGUGAAAGAGAGAAUUGAAAUUCCAUUUGAGCCUGUUGUCAUUACACCAAAUGUAAAUUAUGGUUGUGGAUGAGAAGGCACAUUUGUUUCAUCC